AUGGACUCGAUUUCUGGAGACGAGUUUGAACUAAGUGAUGGACAAGAGUCAAGUGUGCAAGAAGAGAAGAUUUUUGUUGCAGUGAGGCUUAGGCCUUUGAAUGAAAAAGAAAUUGCGAAGGGUGAUGCAUCUGAUUGGGAAUGUAUCAACACCACCACUAUUGUAUUCAAGAACAACAUAUCGGAACGAUCAAUGUACCCGAAUGCCUAUACUUUUGACCGCGUAUAUAGGUGUGACAGUUCGACAAAACAAGUGUACGAGGAGGGAGUCAAAGGAAUUGCUCUUUCUGUUCUUAAUGGCAUUAACUCAAGUAUAUUUGCUUACGGGCAGACAAGUAGUGGGAAGACAUACACCAUGUCUGGAAUUACUGAAUAUGCGAUAACAGAUAUAUAUGACUACAUAAGCAAGCAUAACGAUAGAGAAUAUGUGUUGAAAUUUUCUGCCAUAGAAAUCUAUAACGAAUGUGUUAGAGACCUUCUCGACCCAGAUGGUACUCCGCUUAGACUCCUUGAUGACCCAGAGAAAGGGACAGUCGUAGAAAAGCUGACAGAAGCUAAUUUAAGGGAUUGUAGCCAUCUAAAGGAACUCAUUUACGUGUGUGAAGCCGAGAGGCAAAUUGGGGAGACGGCACUGAAUGAAAUGAGUUCCAGGUCUCAUCAGAUUCUACGACUGGUGGUUGAAAGUACUUGCCGUGAAUAUAGAGGAGAUCACAGCGGAAGAACUCUUACGGCAACUGUGAAUUUUGUUGAUCUAGCAGGAAGUGAGCGUGCUUCUCAAACCUUAGCAGCCGGUGCACGACUGAAAGAAGGCUGCCACAUAAAUCGUAGUUUGCUAACACUAGGAACUGUUAUUCGCAAAUUGAGCAAAGGAGGAAAUGGCCAUAUUCCUUAUAGAAACUCCAAGCUAACACGCAUACUACAAAGCUCCCUUGGAGGCAAUGCAAAGACUGCCAUACUAUGCACUGUUUGCCCUGCACAUAGUCAUCUUGAACAAUCAAGAAACACCCUUCUGUUUGCUUCUUGUGCCAAACAUGUAAACACCAAUGCGCAAGUCAAUGUAGUGAUGUCAGAUAAAGCAUUGGUCAAGCAGUUGCAACAAGAAUUGGCUAGAUUGGAAAGUGAGUUAAGGAUGUCUCCUGCUUCAAAUGGUUCUACAUCAAUAAUUAAAGAUAUGGAGUUUCAAAUUGAAAAGAUGGAGAAGGAGAUAGAAGAGCUGACUCAACAACGUGAUCUUGCUCAAUCUCGUCUUGAGCAUUUGCUACGAGUAACUGGAGUUGAUCAAAAUUCUUUACCAUGGGCGGAUUCUGGUGACCUUCAUGAGAAGGGUUCAAGAGACGGAUAUCUAGCAUCAGACAUGUCCGAGAUGGUUGAUCCUCAUAGAUUUGAUGCUUCAUUGAACAAAUAUCAUCUUUCUGACAUGAAGGGUACAAAGACUCUGGAUGAGAACCAACACUUCCUUGAUGAAAACUCUCCAAUGCGAUUUUUGGAUCAACAUUAUGUGCCAGACCCAUCUCGGGGGCCUGAGAAUAUUUCUCAAGAAAUCACAAGAAAUCCAAAAGAUGGGUUCAAGGAAGAUCAACAUAUGGAGAAAACAUCAAGCAUAGACAAUAACAUCAAAAUAAAUCUAGGAGAUAGCAGCAAGAAAGAUCAACGUGAAGAUGAACAUAUUGAGAAAACAUCAAGCAUAGACAAUAACAUUCCUGCUGAAGAAGCCCAGUUAGAUGAUAGUUAUGGUAGUCCAAAGGAAAAAAUUCAGGUCAUUCAUUCAACUUUAGGCCGCAUCAAAAUUCAACAUGCAGAAUCAUCUCCAUGUUCAUCCGACACAGACAUGUUAUCUGAUUCAGAAAGCAUCUCUAUACCAAGAAGCAAAAGUUGUAAGGAGUUUACCAUGACUAAAUUAUCUCCUCAAUAUGAGAAGGAAAUGAUGAUGGGGAGUACAAACAUUGAUGGAACUGAUAUAGAAUUUUCUGAAAAACAAGAAGGGAAUAAACAGAUUCUAACUAAAUCAAAAUCAGAGCCAGAUGUUACAACAAAAAACCGACAAGAAUCUGCUAGUUCUGUCACUAGUGUUGAUGAAAAGGAAAUCAAGCAGAAUAUCAAGUUAUUAGCUGAAGACGACGAUGCUGAACCAAAAACCAAGGAACUAAAAGAAGUUAAUGAUGAAACCAUGGCUCCUGAUAGAAAUUGGUCUGUAAUAUUUGAGAAUCAAAGAAGAAAUAUAAUUAGACUUUGGGAUGCAUGCAACACACCUUUGCUUCAUAGGGCCUAUUUUUUCUUGCUUUUCAAAGGCGAUCCAUCCGACUCUGUGUACAUGGAGGUGGAGCUUAGACGACUCUCCUAUCUUGUGAAUACACCAGCAAGUGUCACUAGUGCAAGGGCUCUUAGUCGUGAAAGAUUAAUGCUAAGCAAGAAACUCCUAAAGAUAUUUUCAGCUAUGCAACGAGAUGCUCUCUUUCAGAAGUGGGGAAUUCCGUUGGACUCAAAACAUAGAAGGAUCCAAUUAUCUCGUUUAGUAUGGACCAAAACAAAUGACAUGGAUCACAUCAAGAAUAGCGCAGAGUUAGUCGCAAAGUUGGUCGGGAUAGUAGAGCUAAACCGAACACCAAAAGAACUAUUUGGGUUGAGCUUUCUUCCCAAGCCAGAUUACUAUAAAACCUCAUUGUGGAAAGCCAGUAUGUCUCUUACAUAG